AUGGACAGAGAAAGGGUGAAGGUGAGGCUGGACCCGGAGACUGCAAGCCCAGACCUGGUCCUGUCCCAGGACCUCAGGACCCUGCGUCUGGGGGACGGGCAGGAGACCCUCCCCGACACCCCCGGGAGGUUCACGGGCAGCCCCAGCGUCCUGGGCUCCCCGGGCUUCCAGGCUGGGAGGCAUUACUGGGAGCUGGAGGUGGGGGACGGGGACAGUUGGGCCGUGGGGGUGGCCCUGGAGUCCGUGCAGAGGAAGGAGCCCCUGGCCACGGCCCUGGGGAGGCUCUGGGCCCUGCGGCGGGACUGGGACGGGCAGUACACGGCCCUGCACAUGCCCCCGGCCCCCCUGGCGCUGGAGGAGAAGCCCCGGAAGAUCAGGGUCCACCUGGACUACGAAGGAGGCCGAGUGACCUUCUACAACGCGGAGAACAUGGCGCAGAUCCUGCAGUUCCGGGCUUCCUUCUCCCAGAAGGUCUUCCCUUACUUCUGGCUCUGGUCUCAGGACACCUACAUCCAGCUGUGUGCCUGA